CUUAAACUGUCAGACAUGUUGUAAGAAAAUAAGUAGCUAUCAUUUAAAUAUUCACAGUCAAAUUGAACGGCCGCUUGAAGUACUUAAUUUAUAUACAAAAUAAAACACCAUGUAUUUUAUCAAUAUAAAACUUUGGCUACUAAUUAUAUUUACAGCAGUCCUGUACAUCGCAAAUGGCAAACUCUGCACUUCGAAUGGAAAGUUUGUCAGCAAUCACAACUGCACGCAAUACGUAGUUUGCAAUAACGUCCUCGAGUACACUCUCCCCUGUCCACCAGGAUUCAUUUUCAACUAUCACGAUAUGGUCUGCUCCAAUUCCACGGACUACAGUUGUGAACCAAGUUAUAAUUGUACGAAAACUGGAAACUUCACAAAUCCAUCUAUAGAAGACGACAUUUCAUAUAUCACUUGUGUCCAAGGCAUAGGCGAAAUGAUUGUAGCAUUUUCUAGGACAUGCCCUGAUGGCUACGCUUAUGAUAUUUCGGAAGAACAAUGUAAAGAAAAACAAUAUGUAACUAAGUGUACUACAAAUGGAUUAUUCAUUAACAGUUACAACUGUGACAACUUUACAAUUUGCAAUAACUCUGUUCAACGUAACAUUAGUUGUCCCCCGGGUUAUAUUGUUGAUUCUGAUCACAUGAUUUGCUCCAACAAUACUUCUUACCGUUGUGAACCCAAUUACAGAUGUACAACAACUGGAAACUUUACGAAAUCCGGUAACGAAGACUCAUAUAUCUCGUGCAUCCAAGGUACCGGUGAUAUCAUUAUAGCAUUUUCAUCAAAGUGUCCUGAAAAGUACGUAUUCAACAGUGUCAAAAACAAAUGUGUAUCAAAUUUUAGAAACGAAACGACCCCCAAACCAAACAGUGCUUGUUAUACGCAUUCUAAUUUUUGGUUGCAUUGUUUGUUAAUAUUCCUGUUUACAAUUAUAUCUGUUUCCUAACAUAGGUUUCUCGUUAAAAAGGUAAAAAAAUUAAUACCUACGCAGAUUCUAAGUGAUUUCUUGUAUUAUAUUUGUUUUUUGUUUAAAUUAUUGUAUCACGUGUCCCUAUUAACAAAGUCAAAUGUGUAUUACAGGAGAUGUUUAAAUCGGACAUUAUUGAAUAUAACCAAUAUAAAUAUAAAAAUUAGCAAAUAAUAUUACAUAAUAGGUGUAUAAAUACUGAGAUUUUUAUUCCUGUGAAAAUAUCUGUAGGUACUGUAAUUUCUUCUAAGUAAUGUGAUUAAAAGUCGAUAAGUAAGUCAAUAUUCUAUAAAAUUAUUUAGGUAUUUGUAUAAGAAUUAUAAACAUUUUUGUGUUGGCGAAAUUUUGGUGAAACUUGGGCAUUAUUUGAAGAUUUCUGAUAUUUGUAAAGUGUAAAUGUACAUAGAAUAUAAGAAUAGUACAUAAAGUCAGCAUAGAUGUUCCAUAUUUUUUCGUCGUUCGCCUAAUGAUUACAUGGUAAUAAGUAGUGAAAACGGAAACGAGCCUGAGAUUAGGCAAGAGUGAACGAAAUCGUAUCAAUUAAUUAAUGAAAUUUAUAUUUGUAAUUUAGGCAGAAAUCAAAAACCCCAGUUUGCACGGAUAUAUACCCGCAUUGCCAACUAAUAAUUAAUGAUAUAAUGAAUGAUCAACUUGACAGGAUAAUAAUAUAUUAAUUUUAAUGUA